ACAAAGGACAUGAUCGCGCGAUAUCCGCCUUUGAUCUCGUAGCUGUCAGUAGGUGUGUUGGACUGGAAGCGGAGCUGCGCAGACCGAUCGGCGUUUGACAUCAAAGUCCCGCGAGAGCGAUUCAAAAGCCUUAAGUAUCGACUGCUCUCCGAUUGCUCUCGCGGUACUAUGAUAUCAUAUACCGAUCGGUUUGCGCAGAGCCGAUGCAUCUCCAACAAGCUGUUGAAUGCGCUUAUUUCACACGUGAAGGAUCACGUGGUCUAUGACAACGACACUCACCUCCAGGACACCUCUCUGGAGUGCAGCAAUGCUGCUCCAUUCAUUCAAAGAUCCGAAGCACGUUUGAGAGGAAAGAUGAAGACAAAGAUGUUCAUGGUGUUUGCAGUUUCAGCAUUUUUAUGGCACGUUGUGUCUGGUCCAGAUAGAGUCUCCGUGUCAGCGAUGGAGGGAGAUUCAGUCACUCUACACACUGAUGUUAAAAUAAACCAACAAGAAAAGAUUCAUUGGUAUUUUAAUGACAUUCGCAUCGCUCAAAUCAGUGGAGAUCUCAAAAUCUGUACAGAUGAUCAGUGUGUAGGCACUGAGAGAUUCAGAGACAGACUGAAGCUGGACAAUCAGACUGGAUCUCUGACCAUCACUAACAUCACAAACACAGACUCUGGACUUUAUAAACUAGUCAUACUACGCAGCAGCAGCGACAGUGAAACAAUCUUCAAUAUUUUCAUUGGUGUUUCUGCUGCUGAACGAGAAGAAGUGAAGGAGGGAGAAUCUGUCACUUUAGAUCCUGGUGAAACUAAAAGCCCAAAUGAUGUGAAGAAAUUGUAUUUUAAUGACACUCUCAUCGCUGAAAUCACUGGAGAUCAGAGUAAGAUCUGUAGAGAUGAUCAGUGUGAUGAGAUAUUCAGAGACAGACUGAAGCUGGAUCAUCAGACUGGAUUCCUCACCAUCACAGACAUCAGAAUCACAGACUCUGGACUUUAUGAACUACAGAUCAACAGCCGCAGAUCCAGCAUCAUGAGGAGCUUCAGAGUUACUGUCUCUGGUGAGAAUUUCAGAGCACAUCAUUUUUAA